AUGACUGACCACAACGUGUUCGUGUUUGGAUCAUUUACAGAGGAUGAGAUCAAAUCCCUGCAAAGUACCUCAAAACAGAAUGAUGUAGAAUUUAUGUUUGGUUCUUUGGACUCUGCAACUCUAAGAUCUGUGGGCAUCUUCAACAACAAACCAAAUGUUACAGAAAUUCCCAAAAACCACCAACCAUCAAAUCCAGUAAAGAAAAGUAACAAUGAAGAAAUUGUUCAUGCAUCAUCAUCAUCAUCAUCAUCAUCAUCAUCAUCAUCACAAACCCCUGUUGCAGUUGUAAAUAAAAAUGGAAACAUCCAUGAUUUAAGCUCUCUUUCCUAUAGCAAUGGUGUACAAGAACAGGAAGCAAAAAAUGUACAACUACCUGUAUCAUUUGUACCUGAAAGCAUUGGAAAAAAAGCUUAUGUGGAGUCCUUUGAAGCUCUGAACUUGAUAAAUCCCAAAAAUAACCUUAUCACUGCAUCAAAUGGUCUCCAUAAAGCUGCAACACAGCUACUCCCUCGAGGCUUAGUCAACUCUGGAAAUUUGUGCUUUCUAAAUGCAACUCUUCAAGCUCUUCUUGCUUGUUCUCCCUUUGUACAUCUCUUACAAGAGCUAAGAUCACGCAAUAUACCUGAGAUUGGUUACCCAACUUUACAUGCAUUCGUUGAGUUUAUUUCUGGAUUUGACAUGCCUUCUGACAUUCACUCAAAGAAGAAAGACAAUAUUCUUGUAGAAACUGGGAAACCUUUUCGACCUGUUAUGUUUGAAUCUGUUUUGAACAAUUUCUCUCCAGAUAUGCCAAACAGCUUCUCUGGAAGACCAAGGCAAGAAGAUGCUCAGGAGUUUUUAAGUUUUGUGAUGCAUCAAAUGCAUGAUGAACUUCUUAAACUUGAAGGAGAAGGUUGUAAUUUUAAUGGUGGAAAAGUUUCAUUGGUUUCAUCUGUAAGUGAUGAAGAUGAUGAUGAUAGUUGGGAAACAGUUGGACCAAAGAACAAAACUGCAAUCACAAGAACACAAAGUUUUAUUCCUUCAAAAUUAAGUGAGAUUUUCGGAGGCCAACUAAAAAGUGUUGUGAAAGCAAGAGGUAACAAAGCAUCUGCAACUAUUCAGCCAUUUCUUUUGCUCCAUUUGAAUAUAUGUCCAGAUCCUGUGCAUACAAUAGAAGAUGCACUUCAUCUUUUUUCAGCUCCAGAGACACUUGAAGGGUAUCGUGCUUCAUCAGCAGGAAAGGCAGAAUUAGUAAGUGCAAGUAAAUCAGUGAAAAUACUAGAGCUUCCAGAGAUAAUAAUACUACACUUAAUGAGGUUUAGCUAUGGAAGUCAAGGAAGCACAAAAUUACUCAAACCAAUCCAGUUUCCUCUCCACGUUACUCUCAAUCGUGAUCUCCUUGUUUUAUCAUCACCAGAGGGUCGAAGAUAUGAGCUAGUGGCAACGAUAACUCAUCAUGGAAGAGAGCCAUCGAAGGGUCAUUACAGUGCUGAUGUAUUGCAUGAAACAAGUGGGAAGUGGUUGAGAUAUGAUGAUGCUUCGGUUGUUGCUAUUUCUACAAACAAAGUGCUUCAUGAUCAAGCUUAUGUGCUCUUCUACAAGCAGAUGUAUUAGUCUAGUUUUUAGUUUUACACGUUUCUGUUUUAAGAGGUUAUGCUAAAAAUUUAUAUGGUUACUUGGGGCUUCUUUUUUGGGUAAAUCUUGUGUAUGCUGUUAUUA